GUUGCGCUAUGGGUGACGUCACGCCCGUUGUUUCGGAUGACGUCGAGAGAAGCAGGCCGCACGCGCAUAGCAGGAACCUACUCUGUCAGUUUCUGUGGAUCAAGGUCGUCGAUUUCUCCGCAAUCACACGGAAAUACGGGAUCGCCCUCUCCCGUCCCCCUUACCCCCCUUUUUAAACAGCAUGGCUCAGGAGACAAAUCAGACGCAGGUGCCAAUGCUUUGCACUAUGGGAUGCGGUUUCUAUGGUAACCCUCGCACCAAUGGAAUGUGCUCUGUCUGCUACAAGGAACAUCUGCAGAGACAACAAGGAGGGGGGCGAAACAGUCCCCCAGGUGAGAAAGCUGCCACAUCUCCUGUAGGUUCCCCAGGAGCAUCUGCGGUAACGGUGGAGCCCACCCCUGUACCCACCACAGAAGCCGCUACCCCACCUGAAGAACGCACAUCUAGUAGUUCGCCCAGCCCGGUAACCCAGCAGAUGACGGCUAUGAGCAUCUCCCAGGACACAGCAACCACUGAUUCAGACAGAGCAGAAGUAGAGGAGGAAGAGGAGGAGGGCUCGUCUAAAAGCACAGGGCCAGCAGGGGAAGCUGCACAGGCUUCUUCAGACGGAGAUCAGACUCCUGACAAGAACAAAAAGAAGAAUCGAUGCUUCACUUGUAGGAAAAAAGUUGGCCUCACGGGCUUUGACUGUCGCUGCGGUAACCUGUUUUGCGCUAUCCACCGUUAUUCUGACAAACAUGACUGUCCCUACGACUACCGAGGAGCCGCUGCCGCCCGCAUCCGCAAGGAGAACCCCAUCGUGGUAGCCGAGAAGAUUCAGAAGUUAUGAGGACUGACAGCUAAAUGAGCAAAAAUUGUUUGACCUGCAAGUUUUGGAACCAUGGCGCUGAAUAACACCAUUCUAAACUGGGUUCAUGUCUUCAUUGUAGGAUAAGGUGGGUGGGGUUGUAGGGUACAGCCCCUGCUUGGCCACUCCCUAAACUAUCAUCUCCCUGUCUCUCCCAGAAGGCUGGUGUAGAGGUGUGUGUGUGAGUGUGAGUAAAUGCGUGACGGGUUGAAAGAUGUGUGUGUGUUGUUGUUUUUUUCUGUUUUUUUUUUGAGAGCCAGGGAGAAGAGGGAUUGGUUGUCAGGUGGGCAUCCAUGUGCACCGGGGAAGGGUGGACUCUUUAGUUUUUACCCUGGCAUUGAUUUUUGUUAGGAUAUUAACAUUAUUUUUUUAUAGGAGCCCUGAGAUGUUCAGGAGUCCAAUCGGAGAGGGUGGGUGGGGUGGAACGUCAAGAGGGAAUUUCUCUGAUAUUGCAAAACAUUGAAGAAUAUAGGUUUUAAUGACUACUCCCUCAUUUACCCAUGUAAAAUUCUUUUACUGUGUUAUUCUUUUUUUUUUUUUCUUUAUUCUGAUGAAUUAUCCCGACAUGUCAAAUCCCAGCCUGUGCAUUUAAAAAAAUAUUUCUCUUUUAUAUAUUGACUUAUCAUGCUAAUGUUGGGUGCAUGAAUAGUUAUCGGAUAGGGUUUGAAGGGGGAAGGGGUGGGGUGUAGCAAGAGCCUUGACAUAAGCUUAGCGCUGAGUUGAGUUUUUUCUUAUCUUUUCUGUUUUAAUGAGUGUAUGGCAUCAGAAGAUCUAUAUUAAUAUAUUGUACGUAGCUUGAAUUGUGUGAUUGCAUUCUAUUUAUUUUGUAUUAUCAUUUGGUUGGUUGGUACUGGAGGAUUGGAAGCAUGUGUCCAAAAAAAAAUCCAGUAGGUUAUCCCUUAAUGAUAUUUCUGUCUACAUAUGCAUUUAAAAAAAAAAAAAAAAAAAAAAGGUCCUGAUGGAGUUGAGUUGGACUAGAUUGGGCUUUUUAGAAUCAAAGCACAAGAUCGUUCUUCAGUUUCUUCGCACAAACGCAACAAAAAGUGCAGUUAGUGUAGGAUCCUCGGUGCUUUACGGAAACUAGCAGACCCGUUAUUGCUAAUGCACGCCAGCGAUGAACUUUUCUGACCUUUGCCCAAGAGCAAGGUAUUCGAUAACCACCAGCAGACCAAUGAAUGAUGCUAAUGGAACCGGCUACUAAUUUGUUUAUUAGGCAACGCCUUUUGUUCCAAAAACAUGUAUUUACAAUUAAUACAGCUCAUAGUGGAAGAUGCACACACACUUCCCCAACAGAUAAACGUUGCAUGCUCGCACAAAUAUUAGGCCAAAUGCAGAGUUUGCUACAGCCACACAUUAACAUUGCAACACGAAUGUAAAACAAACGUCCCAUUGCAUGGGCGAAUGAAGCCUGCUUUCCAAAUGAACAGGAUUCUAAUGUAAAUACCAUGUGGCUGCCAUUCUAAAAUAGAAUGUUUAAGAAAGAACAGGAAAGGUACAACGGGGGAAAAAACGUAUUUUGUGUGUAUGUAGUGUUUAUUAACUACCCAUACGUAAGGAGAAAGGUUCGCCGUGGUGUUCUCUGUCAUCCUUUGCGUGAAUCUUGUGUCUUUUGUGCUGGUUGUGUUUUUAAUUACUUUUUUUUUUUUUUUUUUUGUAAAAGGGCUGAAACAACCGUUUUGUAUUUAUCCUUAAUGUUGUCCAGCAAUCUUCCCUCCAUAAUGUCUCUUGAUGUGCACAUUUUCCAUGAUUCGUGUACAGUCCCCUUGACUUGUUGAAAUGAACUUUGGUGGAUGUAUCCUAUUUGAAGUCCCGGUAAUGACCUUGCUGCUUUAUUAAGGAAAUAACCUGAGCUUUAAUUAGCACCGUCUGUGAUUGCAGCAUUAUCCUCAGUGGGGCUGCCAGCUCAAGAGGGCUUUUGUGAAAGGCAGGUGUAAGUGGCUCAGCGAGCUGGCAUGUGUACACGCCAUGCUUGGCUGAGCCGGCAUCCUGACAGCCUUUUAAUGAGGGUUUGGAUCUCACGCUUUCUGUCUGCACCGUUUGCUGGAGGAUAAUCCCACCUUUCUAGGGUUUGAGUGUAGGGAUACAGACGCUGUAUGGGAACGCUAGACUCCAGUUCGCGGUGAGAUUGUUGUAGCGUGGUGGGCACAAAACUGUGAAUGUAGUCAACCGCUUGACUAUGAAGCUCCAGUGGGUUAAAAGCCAGUCGGUCACCUCUGUUGUUGCCUUCAGUGUCUUAUCGGACCGUUGGCACUAUAUGCCAGUGUGUUAUCCCUUCAGUGCUAGCAAUGAUUAACCGCCUUCAUUGCAUGUUAUUGAGCAAAAUAGAGGAGCGACUUCUUCCGUACAUGUAACUGAAGAAGAAUUGCCUUGAUUUUAGUGAAGGUGUCGAGAUUGAUUUUUUUUUUUUUUUUUUUUUCUCUUAGUAGUUCAUCAGAACAUUCGGAUGGGUGAUGUGAGUUUCAGCUCAGGCAUGUUUGGCAGUACGUUAACCAGCAUUCAUCAAUUUAAUUUACCAGCGUGCCCAGUCCCCCAGAGACACCACCAGAUACCUUUUUUGUUUUCUUUUUAAAUUUAGGAUUGUAUGAUGUGUAUGAGUAAGUAUAAAACCAAUAAAAUCACAAAGUUUAUUUUAAAUUUA